UCUUUGUGUGGGGUGGAUUAAAGCGGGGCAAAACUACAGCAUCACUCGACUCUCAAGACCUGCUAAAGCCGGAGAAGAGAUUGGAAAGGCGUCGCAGACCGCGCCACUGUCCGCACGCCUCCCAUAUCGUCGGACAGGCGUGAGAUUUGCAGACUUGGGUGAGGUGUGAGCAAGGAUUUGUAACCAUGACGACACACGUGACCCUCGAGGAUGCCCUUUCCAAUGUGGACUUGCUGGAAGAGCUGCCCCUCCCAGACCAGCAGCCAUGUAUUGAACCCCCUCCCUCCUCCAUUAUGUACCAGGCCAAUUUUGACACCAACUUUGAAGAUAGGAAUGCCUUUGUUACUGGUAUAGCUCGUUAUAUUGAGCAAGCCACUGUCCACUCCAGCAUGAAUGAAAUGCUAGAGGAAGGACAUGAGUAUGCUGUGAUGCUUUACACUUGGAGAAGCUGCUCUAGAGCUAUUCCGCAGGUAAAAUGCAAUGAGCAACCCAACAGAGUUGAAAUCUAUGAAAAAACAGUGGAGGUGUUGGAGCCUGAAGUCACCAAGCUCAUGAAGUUUAUGUACUUCCAAAGGAAAGCCAUAGAACGUUUUUGCAGUGAAGUGAAGCGUCUCUGCCAUGCUGAAAGAAGGAAAGACUUUGUUUCCGAGGCCUAUCUGCUCACUCUGGGCAAAUUCAUCAACAUGUUUGCUGUACUGGACGAACUGAAAAACAUGAAGUGUAGCGUAAAGAAUGACCAUUCUGCUUACAAAAGGGCUGCUCAAUUCCUGCGGAAAAUGGCUGACCCUCAAUCCAUUCAGGAGUCUCAGAAUCUUUCGAUGUUCUUAGCCAACCAUAACAGGAUCACUCAGUGCCUGCACCAACAGCUGGAAGUGAUUCCAGGUUAUGAGGAACUUUUGGCUGAUAUUGUCAACAUUUGUGUAGAUUAUUAUGAGAACAAAAUGUAUUUGACUCCAAGUGAGAAACACAUGCUUCUCAAGGUGAUGGGGUUUGGGCUGUACCUGAUGGAUGGUAAUGUGAGUAAUAUCUACAAGCUUGAUGCCAAAAAGAGAAUCAACCUCAGCAAGAUUGACAAGUUUUUCAAACUUCAAGUGGUGCCACUGUUUGGAGAUAUGCAGAUAGAGUUGUCCCGCUACAUUGAGACAAGUGCUCACUAUGAGGAAAAUAAGUCCAAGUGGACGUGCACCCAGAGCAGCAUUUCACCACAGUACAACCUGUGUGAGCAGAUGGUGCAGAUCAGGGAAGACCACAUUCGAUUCAUCUCUGAGUUGGCGCGCUACAGCAACAGUGAAGUGGUAACGGGCUCUGGCCUGGACAGCCAAAAAUCAGAUGAGGAAUACAGAGAGCUUUUUGACCUUUCACUGAGGGGUCUGCAGUUGUUAUCCAAGUGGAGUACACAUGUCAUGGAAGUUUACUCAUGGAAGCUGGUCCAUCCUACAGACAAAUUUUGUAAUAAGGAUUGUCCAGGCACAGCAGAGGAGUAUGAGCGAGCCACACGUUAUAAUUACACCAGUGAAGAGAAAUUUGCUUUGGUGGAAGUGAUUGCCAUGAUCAAAGGGCUCCAGGUUCUCAUGGGACGAAUGGAGUCUGUGUUUAAUCAGGCUAUUCGGAACACCAUCUACGCAGCACUGCAGGACUUUGCCCAGAUGACCCUCAGGGAGCCUCUACGUCAGGCUGUGCGCAAGAAGAAAAAUGUCCUCAUCAGUGUACUCCAAGCAAUUCGAAAGACCGUUUGUGACUGGGAGGGGGCGAGAGAACCUCCAAAUGACCCGUGUCUGAGGGGGGAGAAGGACCCUAAAGGUGGUUUUGAUAUCAAGGUGCCCCGGAGAGCUGUGGGACCUUCUAGCACACAACUGUACAUGGUGCGUACUAUGCUGGAGUCAUUGAUUGCAGACAAGAGCGGCUCUAAAAAGACUCUGCGCAGCAGUCUGGAUGGACCAAUUGUUGUGGCCAUAGAAGAUUUCCACAAACAAUCCUUCUUCUUCACACACCUGCUCAAUUUCAGCGAGGCUCUGCAGCAGUGUUGUGACCUGUCCCAGCUCUGGUUUAGAGAAUUCUUCCUUGAGCUGACCAUGGGUCGCAGAAUCCAGUUCCCUAUUGAGAUGUCCAUGCCGUGGAUCCUCACGGACCACAUACUAGAGACCAAGGAACCGUCAAUGAUGGAGUACGUGCUGUAUCCACUAGAUUUGUACAAUGACAGUGGCUACUAUGCUCUCACUAAGUUCAAGAAGCAGUUCCUUUAUGAUGAAAUUGAGGCUGAGGUUAACCUAUGCUUUGAUCAGUUUGUCUACAAGUUGGCUGAUCAGAUAUUUGCCUACUAUAAAGCAAUGGCCGGAAGUGUCCUGCUCGAUAAGCGCUUCCGUGCAGAGUGUAAAAACUAUGGGGUGAUCAUACCAUAUCCUCCUUCAAACCGCUAUGAGACAUUGCUUAAGCAACGACAUGUGCAGCUUCUGGGCCGCUCAAUUGACUUGAACCGUCUUAUCACCCAGAGGAUCUCUGCCGCCAUGUAUAAAUCUCUCGACCACGCCAUCAGCCGCUUUGAAAGCGAAGAUCUGACCUCUAUUGUGGAGUUGGAGUGGCUUUUGGAAAUCAAUAGACUCACUCACCGGCUUCUGUCCAAGCACAUGACCUUGGAUAGUUUUGAUGCCAUGUUCCGUGAGGCCAAUCACAACGUCUCAGCUCCAUACGGCCGGAUUACGCUUCAUGUGUUUUGGGAACUCAAUUUUGAUUUCCUCCCUAAUUAUUGCUACAACGGCUCCACGAACCGAUUUGUACGCACAGCCAUUCCCUUCACCCAGGAGCCUCAGAGAGACAAGCCAGCCAAUGUGCAGCCUUACUACCUGUAUGGGUCCAAGCCUCUGAACAUAGCUUACUCUCACAUAUACAGCUCCUACAGGAACUUUGUUGGGCCUCCUCACUUCAAGACUAUUUGCCGUCUUCUUGGUUACCAAGGCAUUGCUGUUGUGAUGGAGGAACUGCUCAAGAUAGUGAAGAGCUUGUUACAGGGCACCAUUCUGCAGUAUGUGAAAACCCUCAUUGAGGUCAUGCCCAAAAUCUGCCGCCUACCCCGCCAUGAAUAUGGCUCCCCAGGGAUCUUAGAGUUCUUCCACCAUCAGCUCAAGGAUAUUAUUGAGUACGCUGAGCUCAAGACAGAUGUCUUCCAGAGCUUAAGAGAGGUGGGGAACGCCAUUCUCUUCUGCCUGCUCAUCGAGCAAGCUCUGUCCCAAGAAGAAGUGUGUGACCUUCUUCAUGCUGCUCCUUUUCAAAACAUUCUGCCAAGAGUGUACAUCAAAGAGGGAGAGCGCCUGGAGGUAAGGAUGAAAAGACUAGAAGCGAAGUAUGCCCCUCUCCACCUUGUACCUCUGAUUGAGAGGUUGGGAACGCCUCAGCAAAUUGCCAUUGCACGUGAGGGAGACUUGCUGACCAAAGAGCGUCUCUGUUGCGGCCUUUCCAUGUUUGAGGUCAUACUGACACGCAUCCGCAGCUUCCUGCAGGAUGGGGUGUGGCGUGGGCCUCCUCCCACCAAUGGUGUCAUGCAUGUGGACGAGUGCAUGGAGUUCCACCGCCUCUGGAGUGCAAUGCAGUUUGUGUAUUGCAUCCCAGUGGGCACUCAUGAGUUCACAGCAGAGCAAUGCUUUGGGGAUGGCCUGAACUGGGCCGGCUGUGCUGUCAUUGUUCUGUUGGGACAGCAGCGUCGUUUUGAUCUCUUUGACUUCUGCUAUCACUUGCUCAAAGUCCAAAGGCAAGAUGGCAAGGAUGAGAUCAUAAAAAAUGUGCCACUAAAGAAAAUGGCAGACCGCAUCAGGAAGUACCAGAUCCUUAAUAAUGAAAUCUUCGCUAUCCUAAACAAGUACAUGAAGGCUGUGGAGACAGACAGUUCCACUGUAGAGCAUGUUCGCUGUUUCCAGCCACCUAUACACCAGUCGCUGGCUACCACUUGCUGAAAAUAAAUACAGACGUACGAGGCACAUUGAACAGAAACAUUCCCCACAUACGUGAUGCUAUGCUUGCCCAUUUCUGGUCUGACAGUUGUGAGUUACUGUAAUUCCUCCUUAAAAUAUCUCAUGUUUUUUCAAAGACAAGUCAUCUUAAACUGUUACUUCUCCUGGAAUUUCUGUGAAUGCUUGCAAAAGUGGAGUUGGCAAGACCAUAGGUGGAAGUAUAUAUUAUUCACAUCUUCACCUUUUUGUUUUAGUAUUAUACCCAUGACUUUCAAUUCGAAUCAUGCAUGCCCAUUUUUAUUCCUUCAACUGCACACCAGAUUAGAUUACUUCCACAAAAUAGUCAUUUUUAAGUCCACUUCCAAGUCAUCAAAGACUCAGAUUAAGGAAUAAAAAGAAGGUUACCAUGAUUUUUUACUAAUUAAAUGAAUACUAAUCAAUGUUAUGUUAAAACUUUUGACCAACAAAACCUCGAGCACUAAAAUAUAUACUAUGUGCUCACAUCUGAUUGACAUAAGGUCAUUUUUUUUCUCAUUUCCAUAUUUAUCUGGUGUGCCUAUGAUAGGUCUUCACUCUUCAGUCUAUCAUGAUACAUUUAAUUUGAACCACCCUCCCACCCUAAAAUUGGCCUACUUUCAAGAUAAAUAUGUUACACGGCUGGUUUGUACUGCUUUUAAUGAUCUCAAUUGCAAACCCAUUUCAUUUUCAAUGUAAAUUCCUAAACUAAGUGAAGUGUUCGAUGUCGUAAUUGUUCUUGUUUUAUUCAGAAUAUUUUUAUUUGCCCAUGGUUGGUAUAAUUGUCUGCUACUCAUUGGAAAGCUCAUGGAAAGCUCAUUUAUUUUUCUUUAUUCUGUCUCUUUGAAAUAUCUUUAUAUACUUUCCAUGAUUACAUUAAUGGUAUUUUUAAUUUAGAAAGAAAAAACAUUAUGGGUGAACAUGUUUUGAUUGCCCACAGUCUGGGAGAGUGCUCCAGCACCCCCUUGAGCCUCGUGAGGAUAAGCGGUGUGCAAGGUGAAUGAAUGAACGAACAAGUUUUGAUUUUUCAGAGUUUAAAAUAACAUCCAUAAGGUGAGCAAAUACCUCUGGGUGUAUAGCGACAGUGCUGUUCUAGAUUAAUCUGUUUCGAGUGUGUGUGGAUAAUGCUGUCCAUUAAAUUUGUCAAAUAAAAAAAAUAUGUUACUAAAAGCCACGUAUGAUUAAAUGAGCAUUUCUUGAAUAUUAAUCAGUAUUAAUUAUUGUUGGACUUUUGGUUUCGCAGUGCUACCAAAAUAUUCUCAAGCCCCUAUUUUUUAACAAGAAGUACAACAAAUGACUUACUCAACCUCUACCAGUGAUCUUUUACAGCAUCAUUUUUACUUAUAAAUCUUAUUUUUUAACUACUAUCUUUUUAUUUAUUCAACUUUGAUCUAUUCAUUUCCAGGUUUAUCUAGUAAAAACAAAAGGCACAAAUGUAUCAGUGCGAAACCUUAGCAUGGAAGUGUAAUUUAUUGUCAUCAAUGGCUCCAUUUGUGACAUGAUGCUUUGUUUAUGUAAUUGUAUAAGUGACCAUGUUUUGAAGUACUGAAAAAGGAGAAAUGAGUAUAAAAUGUACAACAACGGUCCUGCAUAGGAUUUCAAAUUAUGUUGUAUUUCCAUGAAAUAAAAUAUGUUUAACUGAAAA